AUGUCCCAGAACGACCAUGCACGCUUCCUCCGUAGCCUUCACAGGAAAGGCAACCCUCUUGUUCUUUGCAAUGUAUAUGACGGCCGAACCGCAGACAUUGUCCUUAGCCACAAAGGAAGCAAUGGUGAACACUCGGCCAAAGCCUUAGCCACCAGCAGUUUUGCUGUUGCAGCAGUACACGGGAAGCCAGACGAGGAACUUGAACCGGAGAUGCUUGCCAUGGCGGCCAAAGAUAUAGUUGGUGUAAUCAACCGCCACGUAUCAGCUAGAAACAACAGCGAACCCAUCCCGCUUUCCAUUGACAUGCGUGACGGAUGGGGAGACCGACUCGAGGAGACCAUCACUUCACUGAUUGAAGCUGGCGUGGUGGGAUGUAACCUGGAAGACGAAGAUAAUGAAACUGGAAAAUGCAUGCCUUUACCCCAAGCUGUGGACCGUAUUAAAAGAGUCAUGGCCAAAGCAGCUGAGCUUGGGGUCCCUGAUUUCGUUAUCAAUGCACGAACAGACGUCUUGGGGCACGGUGGGACAAUAGAAGAAGCUAUUUCAAGGGGUAAGGCCUUCAUGGAGGCUGGUGCCUUUUGUAUCUUCAUUUGGGGCGGUAACCAUGGACGUGGAGUGUCUAAGGAGGAAGGGCAGAUGUGCGUUAAUGCAUUUGAUGGACUUUGGAAUGCAAGGUUGAAGACAGGGCCGGGCUACUUGACCGUGAAAGAGCUAACUGAUAUGGGUGUUAGAAGGAUCAGCCUGGGAAAGGAAUUGGGUGACAUUGCAAUGGAAGCAUAUCGUGCCGCCGUGGAGAAGGUUUUGGCUUGA